CCCCAGAUUGCACGUGCAACAAACAGCUGAUGUAAAUAUUUAAACCGCGACGUCAAAAUAGAAACGUCACUUUUGUUGCAAAUUGAAUUGUUUUGCAAAUUGUCAAUAAAAAAGUGAUAUAAAUUCAACGUUAAAUAUAACACUGAAGUUCUCUCAAAAUAUGAAUAAAAUUUAGCUUGAAGAGGGCUAAAUUUAAUUCAACAAUAAGUAACAGUUAUAGAGAGUCAAAAAAGAUUCAGUUGCAAUUAAGAAUGGAGAAAACACAUCCCUUUUAUGACUUAUGCAUACCAUAUCAAAAGGACGAGAAGGCGCUUAGAGAAAUAAUAAAAGAGGCAAUUAGUUUGGGUUACAAAACCAUUGCUAUUGAACAAGUGUUUGAUCAUAGCAGACGCGAUGCUACCAAGCGUGUUCCUGACAUAUUUCCGUCCCCUGUUGCACUAAAAUCUUUGGAAGACGAGUUUAAAAAUCAAGUAAAAAUUUUACAAAGGUUAACAAUUUUAUAUGUUGACGUUAGUGUAGCGCACGCCAUGACGAAUUCACUUAACUUGAAGAAAUACAACUUGGUAGCUGGUCAACCAAAAACGGAUGCUGCUCUAACACACUGCUGUACAACUUUCGCAGGAGACUUGGUGACAUUCGACACUGAUGGAGGUGUCAAGUUGUUGGUGAAUCGAAAAGCAUAUCAAAUAGGUGUCAAGAGAGGCUUAUUCUUCGAAAUCAAAUAUGGACCAGCAAUUAGAGACUCCAGUGUACGCAAGGAUAUGAUAAAACUGGCGCACAAUUACUGUGUUCGUGGUAAAACAAAAAACAUAAUUUUCAGUAGUGGCGCAACUAAUCCUUUUGAAUUGCGUGGACCGUACGAUGUAGCCAAUCUAGCUUAUAUCUUUGGCUUGUCCGAGGACCAAGGAAAGAAUGCUGUGAAUAAAGCGUGCAGACAGUUAUUUUUGAGAGCACAGGGUCGACGCAUUGGUAAAACAUUUAUGUUCGUAAGAUCAACCGGGCCAGUGGUGUUUUCCGACUCAUCUGAUUCUGACGAUGACGAUUACGAGCAAACAGCUGAUGAUGGAAGUGAUGAAAACGAAGGAAUUAAAAGCUUUGUAGACUCCAAUUCCCCAGAACAACCCAGUAAAAAGAAAACGAAACUGGUAUAAAAAUAAACAAUAUAAAAAAAUUAAA